AUGGAAAGAAUAGGCAGGAACAUAUCAGUCCCAUGGGCGGUUGGUGGAGAUUUUACUGCGAUUGCUGAAGCUAGUGAAAGAUGGGGAUCGAAUGUGUCUGGUAGGUUGAGUUUAUCAGAGUUUGCUGAUGCUAUCCAGAAUGCGGGCCUAUCGGAUGCGGGUUUUGUCGGGAAUAGGUACACGUGGAGCAACAACAGAGCUGGGAAUGCUAGGAUUUGGGCCUGGCUAGAUAGAAUUCUUGUGAAUGACAGAUGGGGAGCUAAAUUCUCGAAUUUUAGGGUGGAACAUCUUCCCCGAGUUAAUUCGGACCACGCACCGCUCCGCAUUUCCUUUCCUACCCAAAUUCAGCCUUUCAUUAGGCCGUUCUGGUUUUUUCGCAUGUGGACCCUGCAUGACUUGUUUAAACAGGUUAAAGCAGUGGAGGACGAGUUGGUCCAGGUAGAAAGCAGAAUGCAGAAUUCCAUGUCUAAGGACCUGUUUCAGGAGAGCAUGGCAGUCAGGAGAAAGCUGGCUCAGCUUGAGUUGAUGGAAGAGAUUUUCUGGAAACAAAAAGCCAGAAACUCCUGGCUGGAGGAAGGGGAUAGGAAUACUAAGUUGUUUCUUGUGACGGCCCGAGAGAGAAACAGGCAUGCCAUGAUCAAAUCCAUCAAGGGCGAAGAAGGGAAUACAGUCACGGGUCAAGCCCAGAUCCAAUCAGAAACGACUCAGUUUUUUGAAAAACUUUUUCAGGCGGAGCAAGCGUCCCAAUCUAUUGAUUUUCUUUCCGUCAUUUCCUUUAUCCUAUCGAGCUAG